AUGACUAGAGACAUUACAAAUCACUUGCUUUUCGAAGUUGCCACUGAGGUCGCUCACAAGGUUGGAGGUAUUUACUCAGUUUUAAAAUCAAAAGCCCCUAUUACAGUGGCUGAAUAUAGGGAGCGCUACACAUUAAUUGGACCUUUAAAUUACCAUUCAGCCCAAAUUGAAGUGGAGGAGUUACCUGUCAAAGACCCCUUGAUCAAACAAACUUUGGAUUCAAUGUCUUCCAAAGGCGUCCGCUGGUUAUACGGAAGGUGGUUAAUCGAAGGGGCACCAAGAGUCUUACUUUUUGACAUUUGGUCUGCUGGACAUUUCCUUAACGAAUGGAAAGCAGACUUGUGGAAUAUUGCCGGAAUCCCUACCCCCGACCACGAUCUGGAAACAAGCGAAGCAAUUUUAUUGGGGUACUUGGUUGCUUGGUUCUUGGGUGAAUUGGUUUAUAAUGACCGUGAUAGAGCUGUUAUUGCUCAUUUCCAUGAAUGGUUGGCCGGUAUCGCCUUGCCCUUGUGUCGUAAAAGAAGAAUUGAUGUUACCACAAUCUUUACCACCCACGCUACUUUGUUGGGAAGAUAUCUCUGUGCCGGAUCCACCGAUUUUUACAACAACUUGGCCAAUUUUGACGUUGAUGCAGAAGCAGGAAAACGAGGAAUCUACCACCGUUAUUGUAUCGAAAGAUCAGCCACCCAUUCAGCCGACGUAUUCACCACCGUUUCUCACAUCACUGCUUUUGAAAGUGAACAUUUGUUGAAGAGGAAACCUGACGGAGUUUUACCAAACGGUUUAAACGUUGUUAAAUUUCAAGCUGUUCACGAAUUUCAAAACUUGCAUGCCGUGAAGAAAGAGAAAAUCAACGAGUUUAUCAAGGGCCAUUUCUAUGGGAACUACGACUUUGAUUUGGAAAAUACAUUGUACUUUUUCAUUGCUGGUAGAUAUGAAUUCAGAAAUAAAGGAUGCGAUUUCUUUAUUGAAAGUUUGGCAAGAUUAAACCAUCGGUUGAAGGAGAGUGGCUCAAAGAUGACGGUUGUUGCUUUUAUUAUCAUGCCUGGAAAGACGCAGUCCUACACGGUUGAAACCUUGAAGGGACAAGCUGUAGUUAAACAGUUAGAAUCAACCAUUGAAGAAGUUCAAAAGAAAGUUGGUGAACGUUUGUUUGAACAUUGUGCAAGGUAUCCUAAUUCAGAACACGCAGCAGGAAAGUCAAACGAAGUGCCUUCAAUAGACGAGUUAAUCAAACCUGCUGAUCGAGUGUUGUUAAAGAGAAGAAUAUAUGCCUUGAAGAGAGAAGGCUUGCCACCAAUAGUCACCCACAACAUGAUUGAUGAUAACACCGACCCAAUUUUAAAUCAAAUUAGACGUGUGCAAUUAUUCAACCGCCCAGAAGACAGAGUCAAAAUCAUCUUUCAUCCAGAAUUUCUCAAUGCCAACAACCCAAUUUUAUCGUUGGAUUACGAUGAGUUUGUACGUGGCUGUCAUUUAGGUGUUUUCCCCUCUUAUUAUGAGCCAUGGGGCUACACCCCUGCUGAAUGUACCGUGAUGGGUAUUCCUUCAAUAACUACAAAUCUCUCGGGAUUCGGAUGUUAUAUGGAAGACUUAAUUGAAAACACAAGCGACUAUGGAAUUUACAUUGUUGACCGGAGAAUGAAGUCAGUAGAUGAAUCAAUUGACCAAUUAACAGGAUACAUGUUUGAUUUCUGUGAGAAAACUAGGAGACAGAGAAUUAAUCAAAGAAAUAGAACAGAGAGGUUGAGUGAUUUAUUGGACUGGAAGCGGAUGGGAUUGGAGUACAUCAAGGCCCGUCAAUUGAGUUUGAAGAGAGCUUAUCCUGACAAGUUCAAAAAUGGUGCUAACCCAUUUAACAACUCAUCCAAUUUGAAGUUGACCAGACCACUUUCAGUUCCCGGAUCACCAAGAUCAAAGAUUGGAUUAAUGACCCCAGGUGACUUGGGGAGUUUACAAGAAGCGCAAGAGGGUUUGGAUACAGCUGACUACGUGGGAUUCAAAUUAGGUUUGGGUGCGAAUGAUGACGACAAUGAAGUUGGGGAUGAUGACCAACAUUAUCCUUUAACUUUGAGAGGAAAUUCAAUUCCACCGGAGGAUAAGGUGGAAUAA